CAGGGGGCGGUCCGGGCAGCGAGCCAGGGCGGCGGGCAGGCAGGGAAGGUGGCAGCCGCGAGCCCGCUUUGGCAGGCGGCGGAGGCGGCGGUUCUGGGCCGUCGCCAUAGGAACCGGCGUAGCGCCCGACAAAGCCGGCUCCUUCCUCCGGAGCGAGGAGGAGCAGGGCGGAGACGACGCAGCCGGAGCCCCGCAGCGGCGUUGCCGACUCUGCCCCGCCGCCGGCACCAUGCAUGGGGCGCUGCAGCCGGAGCCGCCGGGCGAGUAGGGCGAACGAGGCGCGGCCGCAGAGAAGCGACUCGGAGCCCGCACCUGUCAAGGGCUGGCCGGGUCCUUCCGCCGAGGUCGCAAACGCGGUCGGAGCAGCAGGUGCACCGGCGAAGGCAGCAGGAGGUCGCCGGGGAAGGGGGAAGAGCCUGACAGACGGAGCUGCAGACGGAGGGCACGGCAGCCCGUCCCCCCUUCCCCGGCGGAGCCCUGUCGCUUCUCGUUUGGUGUCGCGGCCACCGGCGUCUCCGUUUUGUCCUGCUUCCUCUUCACAGCAAUUCCCAGAAGGGAUCUUGCUCAGCUCUGGAUUCCCCGUUCUCCUCUGCGGUGUUUCGGAUUCCUUGGCACUGGCCUGCCUGUCUGCACACUUUCCCUCUUUUAAUAAUCACCCUGGUCCGGUCCUGGCAGCGGGCUGCUUUUAGCCAGUCUGUACGGUACAAACUGUCCUCUGCAUGCUUUAAUCUGGAUUUGCACAGAAUUUACCUUUAUUGAUAGAAGUUCCUAAGCGGAUACAGCGUGUGCAAUACCGAAAUCAGCACUAAGGAGUAUCGAUUUGAAUUGCACAGUGUCUUUGUGGCUUUAUCCGAAUUUAAACCACGCUGGUAUUUAAACCACGGCCUCCAGCUUUCUUUGCAGUAGAUUGCACAACGGCUUCGCUGAACUCGACACCACUGCUUUUACCUCUCUGAUCUGAAUUUCAAAGUAACCCUUGUUUUGCUUCGGUUUGCAUAGUAUUUGGCUGUGCAAAUCUGGAUUCACACAGCAGCUCUUGUAAUUUAGCUGCUGAGUGUUACAAAGAUGUUGCCAGGAUCUAUCCAGAUCUCUGGGGAGACUCUGUCAAGCGCUGAGAUUCGGGAUAUUUGUGAGAGCCUGCGGGAGAACUCCAUCAAACUACUCUCACUCCGGGGCUGUCAUCUUUCUGACCGAGAUUUCGGUCGCAUAUGCAGGGGAGUAGCAGAGUCUCACUCCUUGGCUCAACUCAAUCUUAACUUGGGUAUUGUCUCUAACAUCAACCGAGUCAAGCAAUUGGCAGAAGCCCUGAAGACCAAUCGCUCUGUCCAGUCUUUGUUCCUCCAUGGGAGUCCCCUAACAGAUGCUGGCCUGGCUGUCCUCAACCCAGCACUCUCCACUCAUCCCUCACUAGUGGCCUUGGAUUUUGGAGACUGCAUGCUAGGUGAUGAAGCCAUCAGCUUGAUCUGUGGGCUUCUCCCUCCUGAUGGCGCCAAGUCUGGUUUGAAGGAACUAACGCUCAGUGCCAAUCCUGGUAUCACAUCGAAAGGAUGGGGACGCCUGGCUAUUGCAGUGGCUCACAGUUCCCAGGUGCGAGUGUUGAACUUGGACUACAACCCCCUGGGUGACCAGAUAGCGGGGAUGCUGGCAGUUUCUGUGGCAUCUAGCCGCACCUUGGAGGUUCUGGACUUGGAAGGAACAGGACUUACUAACGAAUCAGCUUUGAUUUUACUAGACAUGGUGGAAAACUACCCAACAGCCUUGCGAACCCUGAUCCUGGCAGAGAACAACAUCAGUCCCGAACUGCAGCAGCAGAUCUCUGACCUUCUGUCUGAGGGUGAGGAGGACGAGGAGACCGAGACUCAUGAAGUCAUGGCAAGAGAGAAGAACUCAUGGAUCUGCCAGAGCAACUCCAGUUCCCAGAUGGUCCUGGUAACAUCAGGCCUUGGAGAAAGUCUUCUAGCAGAAACAGAGAUGUGAAUAGGAAAUUCCAGGUGCCUCUAAUAAAAAAAAUCUAAUUAAAAAUGUGGGAAGAUGUGUGUAAGUAUAGACUUGUGCAUUCACAUAGUUGUCAUGUGUGAGUGCAUGUUGUGGGUGUGUGCAUUUGCAAGUGAGCUCACGUUAACAGGCAAACAGAUGGGUGUGUGAAAUCUUAUACUCUUAUGUACAAUUUGCCAUGCCUGACCUGACUGCAGCUUCACACACUUUGUGAACGUCUUAUUGAAGUCACCUUUUAGCUCUUCCACUGGGACUUGAACCAAGUUAUUCUCUACUUAAAUGUGUGUCCACAGCCUGUCAGUUGCUUGUGAUUGUCCAUUUACUGUAUUUUUAAGCUCAUACCACCCAUUUCUGACUGAUCUUUGGGGGAGGCUGUAUUUAUUCAGAUAUGUAUAUUUAUGUAUAACAGAUAUUCUUUUUAUUGCUUGUAACAAUGUCUUGAGUAGGAUUUUAUAAAGUUCACAGAAACAACA